UCACCUCACCGAACACAAAUGCUGAAUGUGACCCCGUACCUGACGGACGAUCUGCUUUCUCAAAUUUUGGAUCGCCUUCCGGUCAAGACUCUGUUGCAAUGUAGAUGUGUUUGUAAACCAUGGUGUUCUCUCAUUGAUAGUCCGCGUUUUGUCAAAUUACAUCUCAAGAGGUCCGCUGAAUGCAACAAAAAUAGGAGUGUUGUUAUUCGAGGUUUUUAUGCUUACUUGGCGGAUUUUGAUUCUCUGGAAGACAAUUCUACUGCUGUAAUAAUUGAUGAACCACUUAGGAGUGUUCUCCGCGGUACUGGACUUGUGGGUUCGUGCAAUGGCUUACUCUGCUUGUAUCAACAGAAGAUGGAUAUUUUCAUUUGGAACCCUGCAAUGAGAAAGUGCAAGCAGUUACCUACAGCACCAGCUGAUUUUGUUUGUCCUUUCAGCGUUGAUCCGUUUUUCCUACGUGGCUUUGGGUAUGAUGCUGUUAAUGAUGAUUACAAGGUCCUGAGAAUUCUUCAUCCUGAUGGUCGUGAGGCAGGCUCGAAGGUUAUAGUUUACAGCCUAAAAAGUGACUCAUGGAAAAGGCUUCCAGAUAUUUCUUAUCCCUACCAAAUAGUUCGAGAUUUGGGUAUGUUUCUGGGUGGAGCUCUGCAUUGGAUUGCAGUUACGACUCUGGGUGUUGAAAUCUGCCUAAUAAUUCUUGCUUUUGAUCUUGGUGUUGAAAAUUAUAAGGAGAUCCCAUUACCUAAUCUUCGAUUCAAGAAAUCUAAUAAGUUGAAUCUAUGUACCUUUGCGGAUUCCCUUUGUGUGCUCCUACUCGAAGCUGACAUUCGUAUAGACGUAUGGUUGAUGAAUAAUUAUGGGGAUGGAAAUUCGUGGUGCAAGCUAUUUUCACUAGAGCACACACAGUUAGUUAGUCCUUCUCUGUCUGUUAGGCCACUUGCUUUUUCAAAAAGUCGCAGGGAUGUUCUUGUAGAAGUGAGUGACAAGAAGGUAAUAUGGUAUAACCUUGACAGGAAGAAUUUAAGGACGGUUAAGAUUGCUAAUAUGCCAGCUGUGUUUCAUGAUAUGGAAGUCUACACUGAAAGUCUUGUUCCACCUGACUACUUUUUAAGUUGCAAUGGGAAGCAGCCAGAAGAAGAAAAGAAACAGAAGCGUCAACAAAAGAGGAAUGAGAGGUAA